AUGGGCUCCCGCCGGCUGCUGGUGCUGAUGCUGCUUCAGGCAGUUUGGAAAGGUGCUUUGGGAAAAUCCCACUCACUGCACACCCGAGGAAUCAUCGAAUUGGCAGGAGCUAUAACGUGUGGCACGGGACGGUCUCCCUUGGCAUACGUUGGCUACGGAUGCUACUGUGGACUGGGAGGACAAGGCUGGCCUAGAGAUAAAACAGACUGGUGCUGCCACAGGCAUGACUGCUGCUAUGACAAGGCAGAGAAGGCAGGCUGCAACCCCAAGGUGCAGCAGUACAAGUGGGCAUGUGAGCAGAACACUGUCCGGUGCGAUAACCUGACAGACCAAUGUGAAAAAAUGGUGUGCCUGUGUGACCAAGAAGCAGCCAAGUGUUGGGGAGCAGCCCCAUACAACCCACACUUCUUCCUCUGGCCAGAUUUUUUAUGUGGACAGACUCAUCCCACCUGCCAUUUCAGUUAUGGAGGGGCAGAGUAGUCUUUUUGGGACCUUUCUUCUAAUCCUUUGAAUUUGAAGGUGCUGGAAUAAAGUCUAAUCUCUUUUACCAGAGC